UUGUUCAUUCUUGGAGAAAAUUUGUUCUAGUUAGUUGUAAAAAAUGGCAGAAGCUUUCUUUAACAAAAUUUCAGAGCCCGAAACCUCCAGUCAAGGAUUGCAGGAGACAUCUAGUGAAAUUGACUCGGUGGCAAGUGGAAGUCGUGACGAUGCAAGCAGCGUAAUCAGUGGCAAGAAGCGCAAGAAGCAUGAAUCGACGAAUCUUGAUGAUGGGCUUGAAGAAGAUGACUACGAUUUGAUUGAAGAGAACUUGGGUGUAAAAGUCGAGCGACGUAAGAAACGUUUCAAACGUUUGAGGCGCAUCUAUGAUACCGAAAGCGAUGGCGAGGAACAGCAUGUAGAUGAAGGAUUGGCAAGAGAAAAAAUUGCCGAAGAAUUAUUUAAUGAUAAUUAUGGCUCUGAGAGCUAUGAAAGUCGUAGGCAGCGCAAUUCUCCCAAGAUACAUAACUAUGAUGAUGAGGAUUCGGAAUCGGAUGCAGAUGAUUUUAUAGUAGAUGACAAUGGACGUCCCAUAUCGGAAAAGAAAAGACGUCGUCCAAUGUAUACAGAUGCUUGUCUGCAGGAGAGCCAGGAUAUCUUUGGCGUUGAUUUUGAUUUCGAUGAUUUCGAUUUUGACGAUGACGACGAUUAUGAAGACGACUCGGAGGGUGAUGACACAAAUUACAUGACAAGCAAGAAAGGGAAAUCUGCCAAAAAGAAAGUUUCCAUUUUUGAUGUCUUUGAACCGAGUGAAUUGAAACGUAGACAUUUCACCGAUGUGGAUAAUGAGAUACGAAGAAUUGAUAUACCCGAGCGUAUGCAAACGCGUCAAAUUCCUGUAACUGCAGCUGACUUACAAGAAUUGGAGGAUGAGGCCAAUUGGAUAUAUCGUCAUGCAUUUUCAAAAUCAACCAUAUCCGAACAGGCUUGGAACGCAGAGCGAAAAGCUCCAACGGCAGUUCUAAAAAUCAAGCAAACGCUUGAAUUCAUUCGUAAUCAACAAUUGGAAGUACCAUUUAUAGCCUUCUAUAGGAAGGAAUACAUUAAGCCAGAGCUAAGUAUCGAAGAUCUGUGGAAGAUUUACUACCAUGACGAACUCUGGUGCCAGCUCUACGAACGCAAGCGUAAACUAAAGACGCUUUUUGAGAAAAUGCGGCAAUUUCAGUUAGAGACUUUAGGAGCGGAUCCGGAAAAGUCAAUUCCCGAUGAUGUGCGCCUUAUGUUGGACAGUGAUUUUGAGCAUCUGAAUGAAGUCCAGACGGUGGAAGAGCUUAAGGAUGUACAUAUGUAUUUUCUACUCAACUAUUCCCAUGAGUUGCCCAAAAUGCAGUCCCAACAAAAACGCAAAUUGCUCCAGGAACGUCGCGAAAAGGAAAAGGCACGGAAACAAUCUGCAAAGAAAGCAGCGGAGAAUAUUGAAUCCAAAAAUGAAACGAAUGAGGCCGAUGAGCAACUGAAACAGUCUUCAGAUUGUAGUCCCUAUGCCGUGUUCCGUAAAGAUGGAAUUUUUGGAUUUGUCAAGCGUUUUGGACUCUCUCCCGAACAGUUUGCCGAAAAUUUACGGGACAAUUAUCAACGUAACGAGAUCAAACAAGAGUCAUUGAGCCCCACGGAGGUGGCCAAGGGAUUUCUAUCGGCGCGCCUCAAGACUGUGGAUGAGGUUUUGCAAGCAUCCAAACAUGUGGUCGCCCGUCAAUUGGCCCAAGAGCCUUUGUUGCGUAAAACCCUGAGGGAAGUCUAUUUCGAUCGGGCCCGGCUCAAUAUUCGGCCCACUAAAAUUGGUAUGACCCAGAUUGAUGAAAACUCGCCGGUGUAUUCGAUGAAAUAUGUGGCCAAAAAACCUGUCGGCACUCUCUUUGGUGAUCAGUUCAUCAAGCUGCUAAUGGCUGAGGAGGAGAAACUUAUAGAAAUCCAAUUCCUCGAUGAGUUCGAAGGAAAUUCCAUCGCCAGUGGCGACUAUGUGGAUGGGGCAAAGUCUUUGUACCAUCUGGAUCAAUUCUCAAAGCACGUUCUUGAAUGGAAUGCCCUGCGUGCCGACAGUGUCCAGAUGGCGUUGAAACAAUGGGUCAUACCAGAUCUCAUCAAAGAGUUGAAGGCAAAGCUUCAGGAAGAGGCCCAGCAGUGUAUUCUGCGCUCCUGCACAGCCAAGCUGUACAAAUGGCUCAAGGUGGCACCGUAUAAACCAGAAUUGCCUCCUGACUCCAGCUACAGUGACUGGAGCACUUUACACGGAAUCCGAACCAUGGGCCUGGCCUACGAUUCAGAUCAAUCAGUGGCUGCGUUCUGUGCCUUCGCCACUGUGGAAGGUGACAUAUCCGACUACCUUCGACUACCCAACAUACUCAAGCGUAAGAAAUCAAAUAACCCCGAGGAGAAGGCACAAAAACUUGCCGACUUACGUAAGCUGAGUAAUUUGAUCAAAUCGAAGAAGCCUCAUGUUGUGGUUAUUGGGGCCGAAUCGCGGGAGGCCCAAAUGAUUCAGACAGAUAUCAGGGAAAUACUUAAAGAGCUGGAAACCUCCGAGCAAUUCCCACACAUUGAAGUGGAGAUUGUUGAGAAUCAAUUGGCCAAAGUCUAUGCCAAUUCCAAGAAGGGUCAAUCGGAUUUCAGGGAGUAUCCAGCUCUUUUAAAGCAAGCUGUGUCCCUGGCCCGUAAAAUACAGGACCCUUUGGUUGAGUAUUCCCAAUUGUGCGGUGCCGACGAAGAGAUCCUAUGUCUACGCUAUCAUCCCCUGCAGGAUCGUGUGCCCAAAGAGCUUUUAUUGGAACAACUCAGUCUGGAGUUUAUCAAUCGAACUAAUGAGGUGGGAUUGGACGUCAAUGUGAUGAUACAGAAUUCACGUAGCGUCAAUCUGUUGCAAUAUAUUUGUGGUCUGGGUCCUCGCAAGGGACAGGCCUUGCUGAAGCUAUUGAAGCAGAGCAAUCAGCGCCUAGAGAAUCGUACGCAAUUGGUCACCGUUUGCCAUUUGGGUCCCAAGGUCUUCAUCAAUUGCAGUGGUUUCAUUAAGAUUGACACCAGCAUAUUGGGAGAUUCAACGGAAGCCUAUGUGGAGGUUUUGGAUGGAUCACGUGUCCAUCCGGAGACCUACGAAUGGGCUCGUAAAAUGGCCAACGAUGCAAUGGAGUAUGAUGAUGAAGAAACCAAUCCGGCUGGAGCUCUCGAUGAGAUCCUGGAGUCACCCGAACGUCUCAAUGAUCUUGAUUUAGAUGCAUUUGCCGCAGAAUUGGAACGUAGGGGACUCGGCAAUAAGCGCUUCACUCUGUAUGACAUCAAAAGUGAACUGAAUUGCCUCUACAAGGAUUAUCGUUCGCCUUAUCUAAAACCCAGCUCUGAAGAGCUUUUUGAUUUGUUGACCAAAGAGACGCCCGAGACGUUCUAUGUGGGAAAAUGGGUUGGAGCUAUGGUCAUUGGAUUUGCCUAUCGUCGGCCGCAGGGUGAUCAAAUGGAUAAUGCCAAUCCAAUAAGGAUUGAGGCCACAGGGAGAUGGGAAUGCCCAUUUUGCCAUAAGGAUUUUCCCGAGCUAUCCGAUGUGUGGAAUCAUUUUGAUGACAAUACUUGUCGGGGAAAGGCUUUCGGUGUGAAGCUAAGACUAGAUAAUGGACUGCACGGCUUCAUACACAUUAAGAAUCUGUCGGAUAAGUUAAUACGUAAUCCAGAAGAUCUAAUGCACAUCUCCCAAAUGAUUUAUGUGCGCAUCAUAAAUGUCGAUAUCGAUCGAUUCUCCGUUGACUGCUCCUCCAAGACAUCCGAUCUCAACGAUGUGAAGAAUGAGUGGCGUCCUCGGCGAGAUACCUUCUAUGACCAUUUGUCUGAACAGUUGGAUAUUGGCAAAAUGGCUGAAACAAAGACGAAAGCAUUGCAGCAACCGACAUACAUGCGACGCAUUAUUGCCCAUCCUAGUUUCUAUAACAAACCAUAUGCCGAAGUUAUCGCUAUGUUAGCCAAGGCCGAUCAGGGUGACGUGGCAUUGCGUCCGAGUAGCAAGGCGAGCGAUCAUUUAACUGCCACCUGGAAGGUGGCCAAUGACAUCUUCCAGCACAUCGAUGUGCGUGAAGAAGACAAACCGAAUGAUUACAGUUUGGGAAAAAAACUCUGGAUUGGCACCGAGGAAUUCCAGGAUCUCGAUGAAAUCAUAGCCCGGCAUAUUCACCCCAUGGCCAUGGCGGCUCGAGAAAUUCUGCAGUACAAAUAUUACAAGUCCAAUUUGGCAUCCACCAAUGGGAAUGAACGAGAUUACAUGGAAAAAUUGUUGCGCCGCGAGAAACUCAAGGAACCGAUGAAAAUCCACUAUUUCUUUUCUGCUUCCAAGCCAUUGCCUGGUAAAUUUCUGCUCUCCUAUUUACCCAGGGACAAGGUAUUUCAUGAAUAUCUUACCGUCAUACCGGAGGGAUAUCGUCUUAGGGGCCAGAUCUUUGAUUCAGUGAACAGUUUGUUGUGUUGGUUCAAGGAACAUUGGUUGGAUUCAAGUCAUCCGCCAACGGCCCCAAGUAAUUUGAGUACUACACCCAACAUGAUGCGUCCUCCACCUACGCCCAUGUCUGUGGGUUCUGCCUCAGCUAGAUCAACUGGCAGUCGCCCUUAUAGUGUUACGGAUUCAGUGUAUAGUGGCACACCAAGAAGUGGUAUCAGUCCUGCUGCUUCUAGCAGUUCAAGCGGAAGACAAGUAAGAGGACGAAGUGUAAGCUCAAGUGCAUAUUCCGUUUCGCAACCCAUUAGUAAUACAUAUGGCUUCAUUUUGAGUAACUCAACAUCAUCGAACACCAGUCAUUAUGGUAGCUUAGGCACACCCUCAUCGCAUAACUCCUCUCACAUUAACAUGCCGUACACACCCGGGGAUGAUGCAUUAUAUAUGACUCCCUUUACGCCGCAUCAAAAUUUUAGUGAUGCACCCAGUCCUAGUGAUCAAUCACCUAGCCAGUACCGACGAAACGGAGCAAAUGGCAACGGCCAUAAUUUCUAUGGCGCAGGCAGGCGAAAUACAUACAACACUGGUGGACAUAGGCCAAAUCAAAACUGGACUUAUCGCAGAGAUCCACAGCGGCAGCAACGUCAUCAGUCAUCCAUGAAUAUGGGUAACAUGAGCAUGGGCGGUAAUAAAUAUGUAUCCACUCCCAUGAGUGGGUACAAUACGCCCAAUUCAUCUGCGGCCAGCACUACUGCCCAUAUAAAUAUCUCUCCACUUUGCAUCGAUCACAGUGCCGAUGCCACACCACUUUCCGAUGAGAAAUAUUAAGACACCCGACACAAAACUAACAAGAGAUAUCGUUGGACACUAUUUACACCUUUGAAGACUUAACUAGAAGUUGGCGAAUUUCUUUCAUCAAAUGAAAAAACCGCCGAUUUAAUCUGGCAAUAGCAUUCUAGUCAUUUGUACAUUUAUUAAUUUUUUUUUACCUUAAGAUAUAAUA